GAGCACUUCAGGAUUAUAUACCCGCAGCAAGGCACGCAUUUUCAUACAUUGCGCAUUUUACUGCUGCGUACAUCACUGCAAUUUUCAGAGUUUGCGAUAUUCCGAAAAAUAAAGAUUUAACCAUGGCCAACUACAUUCACGUACCGGACGAGGCUCCAGCUGUGCCCAAAAUAGACGUGACAGUUGACGAGAGCGACUACAGACCCGGUGCACUGAAACUGAUCAAGGCGCUGAGACCGAGCUGGAAGCCAUCCGAGGUCAAAAUUAAGUUUUUCACAGAUGGAAUAACCAAUAAGUUGCUGGGCUGCUAUGUGGGUGCAGUUAUGCAGGAUGUGGUUCUGGUCCGUAUUUACGGCAACAAAACAGAACUGUUGGUCGACCGGGAAAAUGAGGUGAAAAGCUUCAGAGUACUACACGCACACCGCUGUGCCCCGCGCCUCUACUGUACCUUCAACAACGGCCUGUGUUAUGAAUUUCUACAAGGAACUGCCCUGGAGCCUGAACACAUUCGCAGCCAACCUGUUUUUAGGCUCAUUGCCAGGCAGCUGGCCAAGUACCAUGCCAUCCAUGCCCAUAAUGGCUGGGUGCCCCAGUCUGACAUGUGGCUAAAGAUGGGCAAGUACUUUGCUCUCAUCCCCAAGUACUUCGAGGACCCUGAGCAGAACGCCAGGUUGAGCAUGGAGGUGCCCAGCCCACGGUGCCUCCGAGAAGAGCUGCUGUGGCUGCAGAAGAGCUUGUCGGUGCUGGGCUCCCCCGUAGUUCUCUGCCACAACGACCUGCUCUGCAAAAAUAUCAUCUACAACCAGGUGGAGGGCAAUGUAAAGUUCAUUGACUACGAAUAUGCUGGGUACAAUUACCAAGCCUACGACAUUGGGAACCAUUUCAAUGAGUUCGCUGGCCUGAAUGAGGUGGAUUAUAGUCACUACCCAGAGCGGGCCUUUCAGCUGCAGUGGCUCCGCUCCUACUUGGAGGCCUAUAAGGAGUACAAAGGCCAGGGCAGUGACGUGACUGAUACAGAGGUGGAGAUUCUUUAUGUCCAAGUCAACCGAUUUGCCCUGGCAUCUCAUUUCAUCUGGGGUCUCUGGGCUCUGAUUCAGGCCAAGUUCUCCACCAUCGACUUUGACUUCUUGGGAUAUGCAGUCCUGCGCUUCAACCAGUACUUCAAGAUGAAACCAGAGGCAGUUGCACUGAACUUACCCGAGUAAAAGCCCCCACCCCCUCAUUCUCUCUUCCUCCUGCUCUUCCUCCCCUCCAACCCGCUCUGCACCUCACAUGCUGACAGCCGAGCGCCCUCUAGAGGUGUGUGUAGGGAAGAGCCAGACUGAGAGUCUGUCCUGUUCAGUGCCUACAGGUCCCCUCUCUACUGUCCUUAUCUCUAGAGAUUGAAUGGAACACAAUCAUAACCAUCAUCUACAGUCACGCCUGUUUUAACCAGGAGUUAGCUCAAAUUUGUAGUGUGGGUGUGUAUGAAGGACUGACUUGAGACCUGCUAUAAUGUGAAGUUCACAUGGCUAAAUUUAUUGUGGUCAUUUCAGUUAUUCUAAUAUCAAUUAGGAUAUUAACAUGAUAUCAGCAUAUGUAUCUGUAAGCAGCUUUUCUCAUUGUUGAAUCACUAAAAACAGUAAGACGGAGGUGGAAUGUCACCUCAUUCACAACCAUUACAUUGCAACCACCUACAUGACAGACAGGUUGCCCAAACACUAAUCUGAUUGUCUGGAAACACCUUUCGCAUAUGCAUGGGUAAAGGGAAAAACCCUUUGGGCCAUUGUAGCCAAUGACCAAAUUUAUGACAUACAGUACAAAGCUUGCUUUGUUUGCAAAGGAACCAAGAUUUUAAAAAAAGAAACAAAUGCCAAGUUGGAAAGGCCAGUGCUACCCCCUAAUCCCAUGUGAUAUGAGCCUCACCACAAAAAGGAAAAAGGAAAAAAAAACUUGUUGCCUGUCUUGUGACUCUUGAUUUCACCCUUAUUUUCUCCAGUAUACUGUGCAUGGGUGGUGCGCCAAAACAGCCAUGUAGUUAUUGUUGCUGUGUAGUUUGGUGAGGGUUUGUGUUUUGGCUUUCUAUACUGAAGGUAGAAACACCAAGUUGUAGGAGAGCAUCUUAUGUUUACAUCUAACCUCUCCCUGGAGUUAAAUAGUUGUAUAUCACUGAACAGCCAUUUGACUUGAGAGAGAUUUUCACUGUAAAUGAGGUUUCAGGUUUGUUUUGACACUUGGUUUUCGUCUGAUUCAUAACUGGGGAUAAAAAUACAUCUCACUGUAAUUUGAACAUUCCAUGUUCAUAAUGUUAGACAGGACAUUUGGUUGUAGGUCACAUGAUAAGUCAGUAGUGUUAGGGACUUUCAUUCACUGUGACAUCGACUGUAAGCCAUGCUGUACUAGAUAAGACCAAACCAUUACAUUGUCUGCUCCAUUUCAGGGAAUGUUUGGGAAUCAUCUUUAAUAUUACAAAACACUACUGUUCAGUCCUGAUGAACUAAGGUCUGAUCAUUUUAUUUACUUGUAGAUCAGUCUUCAUUCACAAAUGUGUGUUAUUAAGAUAAGUGUGAUACGGCCUUGCUUGACUGUCAGAUUGCUGAGCCACUGUUGGCAUUCAUCACUUUAAGCGCCCAAUGUUGAAAUGAAGGUCUGUGGAAAGUGUGGAAAUUUGGAAAAAAAAGAAAGUGAAGUUGGUCAUCUCAAAUAGGUGAUCUGUGUUGAGAUAAAAAAAAAUUAAAAAAAAUUAAUGAAAGCUGUUAGUGGGACUUGAAGAGCAAGAGCACCAUCUGUUGGAGAGAAAAAACAAUGGCUGCUGUCAGUCGUCAUUCUUAAUAUUCACCUUCAAGACCUUCAUGUUAAAUGUAACUCUUUUUUUAAAAAAAAGAAAAAAGAAAAAAAAAGAAAAAGUUUUAGGAGGCCCUUUAAAAACUAAAAAAAGUUCAUCUCUUGGUUACUUUAACAAGCCUACACCAAAGUGCUGACAUCUGUUUGUUUGCUUUGUACAUAAUGCACACAUUUUCCAUGUAGCACUCAGAGUAUUAGAGUGACAAUUAUAUAGACUUCUUAAAAAUGACUGUUUUUAUACUUAUUUAAAUGGCAAUGUUGAGGUUGAGGUCUUUGAGAGUAUGUGGAUGUUUGCGGGUGCAGUAACACAUGACACCUGGGCAAAUAAAGUGUAUUCAAAAAAGAAUUAAAAAAAUUGAAUUGGCAAAAGAACAUUACAUGUUAAAUGUGAUGUAACAAGUUUUCUUGUUUACUCAAAAACAAAUUUUCUGAUUACAUAUUUGCCCAGGUUCCCUCUUCUGUACCAAGGUUGCAAAGCUCUGUGAAGAGACUUGACAGACAAGGCUGGAUUGUCCAAUCAUGUAUACACUCCUGCACAGUACUGGCUAAGGAGACAUUGAUGUGUUAGUCUGCCUGUGGCCUGUGAAAUCUCCUACUUUGUACUUUACAGUUUUGAAGUUUGAAGAUUAGCCUGUUACUUCUCUUCUGUCUAAUUUAGUGCUGUGUCUUCAGGCUGGUGAAUUAAGAUGGAAGAAUUAAGAAGACCUAAAAAUGUGUGUAUGUUGGGUUAUAACAUGUGAAAAUCUUUCAUAAAAGUGUACUUGAUGGCUGGUUUGAUUAAGUAACUGAAGAUGUGCUGGAGGAACACAUUAUGGUUCUGUGGAAGAUUGUUUUCUGUUUGGUGUCCAUUCAGUACACCGUCACACCACGUUUACACAUAACAUGUACAUGCAUUAACGCAGUUGGUUAUAUUUGACUGCCACAUAAUCAGAAUAGUAGAAAUGCUAAAAAUUAUACUGCUGAAAUAUUUCUUAUAGGCUUUAUUUCCCCAUCCAUCUGAAAGAAAUGAAUGCAUUUUCACUGUAUAUCAAAGGUCAUCUCAGUUCUGAUUAUAACAUGAACCAGCACUACAUUUCCUAAGUGUUUGUAUUUAACAUUGUAAAAAAAAGUGUAUCUUUAAAUCUCUCUGGCCACUGUAGCAUAUGUUUAUAUGUACAGUAAACAAAUGUAAUAAUAUCUUUGCUUGUUUUGAAAUAAUGUGAAUGAAUGUACAUAAAAGGAGUUUUUUUUUUCUAAAAGUUACAUUAAAGUUAAUAGUUGCCUGGGGUAAGAGGUGAAAUUUAAAAAAUGACAUUUCCAAUACUGUAAACAUGCUUUAAAAAAAAUAAAGUAUAUUUACCCUUA